UGGGGCACGGGCGCGGGCUGGAGAUGCACAGCACCGACGUCGACCUAAAGCAACCCCCAAUUUCAAGGCACGGUGCCACUGCAGCUAUGUGAGGAAGCACAGAGAGCAGCAAGCAACAAGCAGCAUACCUACUCCGUACCUUACCUUGGCCAAGCUGCCUCGCGGAUGUUGCUGAUGGUAGUUGCCGUAGCUCUGCUCUCGAGCUCGCUGUUGGUUGCGUGCUCCCGGUCGCUGUUACUUCUCAGCUGGGGCCUGCUGUGCUUCUUCCCGAAAGCAAUCAGUUUGAACCACAGACGAGGCCCAGGGCCUGCGCCGGUGUCUCUGCCCCGGCUCUCUCUCCUACCCUCCCAAACACGCCAGCGAUUCGACGUCGAGCCUCGGGGAACAGAUGACACUUAGGUAAGUGGAAGUCAAUCAACCUGUCUAUCCGUACCUUGGCUGUCUGCAUCAU